ACACAGUUUUGAUAGUCGUGUUUAGAGAUAUAUGGGGUGUCUGAACGCUGGUUAGCCGGUUAAUUGCUAUCUCAGCGUCCUAAAAAGACAGCCUCCUUUCUGUCAUUAGGCUCGUUUGUGUGGUCUCGUUUAUUUGUUGUCUUCGUGUUUUGUUGGCUUCUUAUUCAAUUGUUUUACAGUACCUAGCUUGGGGUGUCGUCAUAUUAAUAUUAACACAUGAGUGUGUCACUGGUUGUUAUCCGUUUGGAGCUUGCGGACGAAUCUCUGAUUCCACAAGGUUUCCAGUACACUGCCGCCGACAUGUCCGAUGAUGAGUUCAAAGAGAGGUCACUGGGUUCCGCCACGGUGGCCCUGAGUGGCAAGUCAGACCUGGACCGGACGGCCGUCCUGCACCAGCACAUCGGGAGCAGGGCUAUGACGGAUAUGGUCAUCGAGACCUUCAACCACAACGCAGAAGGAGCAGAUCAGAGCGGGGAUCAGGAGUCUGAGGAAGCUGCUGAAGGGGAGGAGACCAGCCCCUCGUCCCGGGACAGCCCCGACCCCCCGGGGGACCGGCCCGGCAGCGGGGGUGCCAAAGACGCCCCAGACGAGGGCACGGUGCCCGACUCACCCUCCAAGCAGCUGCCCGACCAGAUCUCCUUCUUCAGCGGCAACCCCUCCGUGGAGAUGGUGCACGGCAUCAUGCACCUCUACAAGACCAACAAGAUGACGUCGCUGACGGAGGACGUGCGACGGAGUGCCAUGCUCUGCGUCCUGACGGUGCCCGCCACCAUGACCAGCCAUGACCUCAUGAGGUUCGUGGCGCCCUUCAACGACGUCAUGGAGCACAUGAAGAUCAUCCGAGACUCCACGCCCAACCAGUACAUGGUGCUGAUCAAGUUCAGCGCUCAGGCCGAUGCCGAUAGCUUCUACACGACCUGCAACGGCCGGCAGUUUAACUCCAUCGAGGAUGCGGUCUGUCAGCUGGUGUACGUGGAGCGGGCGGAGGUCAUCAAGUCUGAGGAGGGAGCCAGCAUGCCCGUGAUGGAGCUGACGGAGCUGCCCAAGUGCACCGUGUGUCUGGAGCGCAUGGACGAGUCGGUCAACGGCGUGCUGACCACCCUGUGCAACCACAGCUUCCACAGCCAGUGCCUACAGCGCUGGGAGGACGCCUCGUGCCCCGUCUGCAGGUACUGCCAGACCCCCGAACCCGUGGAGGAGAACAAGUGCUUCGAGUGCGGCGUGCAGGAGAACUUGUGGAUCUGCCUGAUCUGCGGUCACAUUGGGUGUGGGCGCUACGUUAGCCGCCACGCCUACAAGCAUUUUGAGGAGACGCAGCACACCUACGCCAUGCAGCUGACUAACCACCGCGUCUGGGAUUACGCCGGGGAUAACUACGUGCAUCGGCUGGUGGCCAGCAAGACGGACGGUAAGAUGGUGCAGUACGAGUGUGAGGGGGACUCCUGUCAAGAGGAGAAGAUCGACGGCCUGCAGCUGGAGUACUCUUACUUGCUGACCAGCCAGCUGGACUCCCAGAGAAUUUACUGGGAAAACAAGAUCCUCCACUUGGAGAAGGACACUGCAGAGGAGAUCAACAACAUGAAGGCCAAGUUCAAGGAGACCAUUGAGAAGUGUGAUAAUCUGGAGCACAGGCUUGGAGACCUGUUCAAGGAGAAACAGUCUAUGGACAAGAAAUGCACACAGCUGAGCUUACGCGUGACGAAGCUGUCGCAGGAGCUGGAGGAGGAGCAGGAGCUGAACCACUGCCUGCGGGCCAAUCAGGCGCAGCUCCAGACACAGCUGCGGGAGGAGGAGCGGCGGGCGCAGGAGGCGGGGGAGCAGAAGGAGAGCCGCAUCGAGGAGCUGCAGGAGCAGCUGAGGGACGUCAUGUUCUACCUGGAGACGCAACAGCAGAUCAACCAGAUGCCCGCGGCUGCCCGGCAGGAGAUCCAGGAGGGGCAGAUCAACAUCGCUGCGGGCCCCUCACCCCCCGCCGCCCCCACCAAGCUGGGCAGGAAGGGCCGGGGCAAGAGGGGGAAAUAAACUAAAAUAUAUAUACAUAUAUAUACCAUAAUAAUUUAAUGAGACAGACGUGUGGGAAGAUGGAAGACUGGUUUGAAAGGAGUGAGACAACCACCCCACCUCCACACGCCAAAAAAGGAUCUUUAACAAGGAAUAUUGUUAGGCUGGUUUGGUCUUUCCGUGAAGCAGGAGGGUAAGAUGGAGGCUUGAUGCCGCUGUAGGAGGAGGCUGAGGUGGGUUAGUGUGGUCAGGGGAUGGUGUAGAUCAUGUUUAGCAUGGGUGGAUCACUGAGAGACAAGACAUUAUGGGUUUCCCCACCACAGACCCAGUAUUUAUACAUGAUCCUCUCUCCUUCCCCUCUGUAGCCUUACUGUACUCCUACCUCUGUUACUGGCAGACGUCAAUCCGCAGGAACACCUGCAUGGCCUCGCUUUGGCCUGGGCUAACUGCGUUCUGCCAGCGCUAACCCAGGCCUGGCCCGGGUUAGUCAAACACACCUGAAGCUUAGAUGCUUUCUCUCGAUGCUGUCCCUUUCUCUCUUUUCUCUCUCAAUCGCUCACUUGUUCUCCCAGUCUGUCUCUCUCUGUCUUUCUCUUUCUCCAUCUCUCCCUGUCUCCAUGGCCCAAGCUGUCCUGUAUUUAUUCACCUUGUUUUUGAGUACGUGUGUGUGUGUGUGUGUGUGUGUGUGAUGGGGAGGGAGAGAGGCGCACCCAACACCGAAAUGGCGCUGAACAGGCGUGUGCUUAUUCCGGAUUCUUCCAGAGUAACCAGGAACCACUGUUUUUUCCAGACCCUUGUCACUUUGAUUUGUAACCCACACACGUCAAGAGCUUUUCACACUCAGACAACUGAUUUCAGGAGCCAACGUUUGGGAAGAAGCCAAAUGUUAGUGGUCCCCAGAGAAAUCUUCAAAUCAGUAUUUUCAACCUGGAACCAUCCAGAAAACCUCCUCGCAUGUGUGCGUGCGUGUGUGUGUUUUAGGAGGCAGACAGGAACACUAAAAACAUGCUGAAUAAAUUGCAGUCAAGCCAAAGUCUCGAACAGGAUAGUGCAAAGACCAGCACUAUCUAAUGACAAGCCUGAAGUUUGGGGUAAAUAUCGGAGAGCAGCCAGCUUAUGCUAGUUCCUUCUAGUUCUUUCUUUUCUUUCUUAAAAAUUUUUUUGGUUGAGUUGUUGCCUGUUCAUUUUGUCUUACAAGUACAAAAAUGUAUGAGUGAGAAAUUCAUUACCUGAGGUGCCUUUUAGCUAAUAGAGACAUACCAGUAUGUUUUUUUUUUUUUUUUAUGUCAAUAUGUUUGUUAAUUAGUGAAUUUAUCUGGUAUGGGGAAUUUAAGUAAGUGUUAGUUAAUCUGUUUUCCAAUGAAUAGUUCUGAAAUCCUGAUAUAUUUAGUUUAACUGCUAAUUCAUCUGAAGGUGAAUAUACAUUUGUUCUACAUAUUUGUUCAUGGGACACAAAAAACAAGUUGAAUACGUAACUUCUCUCAUCUUCAUUUCACCUGAUCUUUCCUGCUUUUUUUCUUUUUUGACAUCUGUGGGAGAUGUCAAAAUGAUGUCAAACCAAUCACCAUCUGUGCAGAGUCUCGACCACGUGUAAAUGGAUCUGCCUUUAGAAAGACUGUGUAAGGGAGUACGCAUACUGGACUUUACCUCCCAUGUGUACCUCAAUAAGAGAAUCAACAUAAUGUUUUGCUUAUAUGCUGUAGUACUUUGUGACUUAGCUGUCAAGUCAUGUUGGAAGAAUCAGGUAAUCCUAGUUGUUCAGCUGUAUGGCUUUUAUGUUACCUCAACAAACAAAAAAAUACUCCCAAAUGCCAUAUACGUGUGUUGUUCACUUUUGUUAGAUUGCUUCUUUUUUUUUUUUUAAACCAGUACCAUCACUUUGUAUAUUAAAGCCCCAUUUCAAGAUGUAUACCCCGAGAUCUUUAAAGUGUGAUCAUACAGUCUUUCCUGAUGUUUUUGUCCAGUGAGCACGUUCAGUCUACAAAGCUCUCAACUUGACCAUAUAACAUUAAUAACACUUUUAAAAAUGUAUAUUUUACUGUUGAUAUGUGAUAAAUAUUUUGUCAACAGCAUAUCUUGUAAUCAGGAUACAAGUAUCCAGUUUACCAAUUAAUUAGAUUUUCAAUGCUAAGUAAUUACUCCUCUUCUCUUUUCUUUUUCUGGUGAAGCAUUUGUCUCCACAGGCCUCUGUUAAAUGUACGGCAAACUUUUAACAGUCAUUUCAAGUCUCAACCACAGUGUAUUUAUUUGUUCAGAAAAGAGAACAGUGUUCUCAAGUGUGCUCGUUUUUUUCUAAGCCAUCGCCCCGAAGGCUUCAAUAAAUGCAGAGUUCAGUUUCAAUAAAUGUGGAAAAAUAAUUUCA